GGAAGUGUCGAUCGUCGUCUGGUUCUGGCAUCUUGCUUUUCGUCUUUAGGGUUUUGGUCGUCAAUCUCCGCAGCUCUCAUCUCUCAGCACUGGCGAAGAACAAGAAUAAGAAGAAGCGCAGUGGCGCUACUUCAAUGGACCUAACUGAAAAUACCGUUGUCGAUCUCCCCCAAGCGAUGGAUGUUUCCGAGUCUGGAGUUCACAAACCAGUUUCUGGCGGUCUCAAUCUAAAGUUGAGGAAGGGAAGACCAAUGAAGCGAUCACAGAAUGUUAGGAAAACGAAAGCCAUGGCAAAGGCCAUAUGUAAGAGCGAGCAGUCAGCCGAGAAAAUAAUGAAAAAUCAGAGCAAAACUACCAGAAUACAAUCUGCAAAAACGUUGCUCUCUCUGUUCUUGCUCCCUAAGGUCAACUUGCCUAUAACCCUACAUCUCUUGGUUGACUCUUUCAGUUUCACUACUGUCCCUGCAAAGUUGAAAGGGAGAGUUCUCCCCCAAGGACAUAGACUCUGAUUUUUAUGGAGUUUGGGAAAGCUUAGAGGUGCUCAUGGGCUCAGUUCAGUGGUAAAUUUAUUCCACUCGAAUAAGCUUUAUUAAAUAAUGAAAUAAUUGUUUAAGGACAACGGUCAAGUAUUUUCAUAAUUGUAUGAUAUUGUUCGCUCUCACCAUUAAGGAUUU